AGCAUGCCACAGUACAAGCUGACAUACUUCAAUCUGCGAGGACGAGCAGAAAUCAGCCGCUACCUGUUUGCCUAUUCGGGCAAGAAGUAUGAAGACCACAGGAUAGAAGCAGCAGACUGGCCCAAAAUCAAACCAACUAUCCCAUUUGGCAAAAUCCCCAUUCUGGAAGUAGACGGAGUUACCAUUCACCAGAGCCUGGCAAUAGCAAGAUACCUUGCCAGAGAAUCAGGUCUGGCAGGUCAGACGCCUGUGGAACAGGCGCUAGCUGAUGCCAUUGUGGACACCAUAGAUGAUUUCAUGACGCUGUUCCCUUGGGCAGAGAAAAACCAGGACGUGAGAAAAAAAGCAUUUGACAAUAUCCUGACCAACAAAGCACCUGAGUUACUGAAAGAUUUGGAUACUUUCUUAGGGAAUAACAGCUGGCUGGUAGGGAAGUCUGUAACAUGGGCUGAUUUCUACUGGGAUGUGUGCAGUACGACACUUCUGUCCUGUAAACCUGACCUAGCAGACAACUACCCCAGGCUUUUGGCUCUUAGAGACAGAGUGCAAGCGCUUCCAGCUAUUGCAGCCUGGAUCCAGAAAAGACCGAAGACUGUAAUGUAGAUCAGCUGUUCAGACUGGAAAACACAAAUGCACAUUUAGUUUUGAACAUGACAAGUGUCCUAAGUUAUUAAUUUUAGAAUAAUUUAAAUUAAUUUCAGAUGGGUAUGCUGUACCAAAUCAAGACCUACCACUUGUAUC